CUACAAAGUUUUUUUUACAGGAGCUUGUGGCUUUGCUCUGUGAUCAGCUCCAGACAGAAGACUCUGAAUGCUGAUACUCAUGAGUACACUUCAUCAUCAUGUGCUGCCACACUUGCUACCCUGUGAGGGUCUUAAACCAGAGAAGGCUGUAAAGAGGCCUUGAAGUCAUCAUCACGUCACAUACUCUUCUUCAGUCUACUCACCUUCACAGCUAAUUGGUGACUUCAUUUGUCUCAAAAGUGGCAGAGUUCAGCACGACCAAGACAGCUAUAUAGAUUCAAAUCUCAGCCAACAUGAUAAAAAGCCACUCCAUGGUCAUCAUCUUUGGCAUUUUGGGAGCUGCCGUCCUUGUCUCGCCGUCGGCUGAGGGUGGGCAGAACCCAGACUACAUGCUUCAUGGCACUGGAGUCAAGCCCGGAUCGGAUCCAAAGAGACCCCAGGCAGGGGACAGGUCCACCGUGGCCCCAGAGGAUGCUGCCCGCUUCCUUAGCUGCUACUGCUCAGGCCACUGCCCCGAAGAUGCCAGGAACAACACCUGCGUGACGAACGGCCAGUGUUUUGCUAUCAUAGAGGAGGAUGAGCAUGGCGAGGCUAUCCUCACCUCUGGCUGCAUGAAGUAUGAGGGCUCUCACUUCCAGUGCAAGGACUCUCCUAAUGCUCAGACCAGACGGACCAUUGAGUGCUGUUCCACUGAUUUCUGUAAUAGAGACCUUCAACCCACACUUCCACCUCAUAUUCCAGGAAAGCCUCCGUUAUGGAAUGCCCACUUGCUAGCCUUCCUGAUCUCCGUGACAGUGUGUUGCUUCACUUUGGUAGCCAUAACUGUGGUUUGUUACUACAGGUAUAAGCUGCAGACGGGACGGAGACGGUACCAAAGAGAUCUGGAGCAGGAUGAGGCCUUCAUCCCUGCAGGAGAGUCUCUCAAAGAUCUCAUUAGUCAGUCGAGCACUGGCUCUGGUUCAGGGCUCCCCCUGCUGGUCCAGCGCACUAUUGCUAAACAAAUUCAGAUGGUACGUCAAAUCGGGAAGGGGCGGUAUGGAGAAGUGUGGCUUGGUCGCUGGAGAGGAGAAAAGGUGGCCGUGAAAGUGUUCUUUACUCGUGAAGAGGCAAGUUGGUUCAGAGAGACAGAGAUUUACCAAACGGUGCUCAUGAGGCACGAAAAUAUACUUGGCUUUAUAGCUGCAGAUAUUAAGGGCACGGGCGCAUUCACGCAGCUUUUCCUCAUUACGGACUACCAUGAGAACGGUUCUCUCUAUGAUUAUCUGAAAUACACCACCCUGGACACACAGGCUCUGCUGAGGCUGGCCUAUUCUGCAGCCUGCGGCCUGUGCCACCUCCACACAGAGAUCUACGGCACGCAGGGCAAACCUGCCAUCGCUCACAGAGACCUGAAGAGCAAAAACAUCCUCAUAAAGAAGAAUGGCACCUGCUGCAUCGCUGAUCUGGGCCUGGCUGUUAAAUACAACAGUGAUACCAAUGAGGUGGAUGUCCCUCUGAGCACAAGGAUGGGGACACGGCGGUACAUGGCACCAGAGGUCCUGGAUGAGACCCUAAAUAAGAACCAAUUUCAAGCGUACAUAAUGGCUGAUAUUUACAGCUAUGGUCUCAUUGUUUGGGAGAUGGCCCGCCGAUGCGUGACAGGAGGUAUUGUUGAGGAGUAUCAGUUGCCAUACUGGGACAUGGUACCUUCAGAACCGUCCUACGAAGACAUGAGGGAAGUGGUAUGUGUUAAAGGCAUGCGGCCAGUGGUGUCUAACCGCUGGAACAGUGACGAGUGCUUACGGGCCAUGCUAAAGCUUAUGUCUGAGUGUUGGGCACGCAAUCCAGCCUCUCGCCUCACAGCUCUUCGAGUCAAGAAAACACUCGCCAAAAUGGUUGAAUCACAGGAUAUCAAAAUAUGAUCAGUUUUCCCUCCAAUACCAGUCUGAGAGAAAUCAUGGAGAUAUUGAUGCUCACUUUUAUGAAUUAUUGCCUCCUAAACAGACCUGUGGGAGUGCUGUCAUGUAGCACCCUCUGCUGGACAGUAUGUGCCAUAACAGACCCACGAGAAACGAAGGACAGCAGUUCUGCAGGCAUCGGUACUCACAUCAUCCCCAUCGCCACCAUUUUUUCCUUCUUCAGGCACUCUUUUAUAUAUUGGGAGAGAAUUGAAGAACAUGUGGUGCUUUCUGUGAAAGCUGUGUAAUAUGAUACAUCUGCAUGGAGGAGUGGCAUGGUGCCAGCAGUAAUGGAGCCCUGUGGGAGAAGGCUUGAGGAUUGACCCUCUGUUAUUGACUGACUUGGGAGGCGGACAUAUUUGGGUUGAUAUUCGGACUAAACCCCCAACUGUAUGCUUGGGAUAUGCUCAAGAUAUGUGUGGCUAGCGUCACAAAAAAUGGCAACACUGCAUUUGGAUCCUGUGCAGCUGUGGCCACUGAAACAUCAAGAGUGAACGCUCCCUAUUUAAUUCAAUUGACCCAUAUUAUGAUAUAUGUAUAAAAAAAAAAAUGUCCCGUAAACUACAUGUUGAUAUUUUAAUUAAUAGCCUUUUUGAAAAAUUAUUCCUUCAACAGCUUUCCUUUCUGAGAAUUUGUCCAUGAGAUGUUCAAAUACAAAACUGAGUGUUAGCAAUAAGGUAUUCUAUUUGAAACCUUCUUUUUCAAUCUCUCCGAAUGGCAGCUCUGAUCUGACUUAUUGCAGGUGUGUCCGUGCAGAUGUAUGCCGACUGCCCCUGAAUGCUUCAUAAACGUUGUUGUAUUAUAUCCAAUAGCCUUCGAGUCAACCUCACUAUAUCACAUCUGAUUCAUCAGUGUCAGAUUGGAUUGCCAUUUUCAAUGCCUCAUUUAAAAAGUUUUGCCUUGAAUCUAAUGUUGUGACGCUUGGGUAUCAUAUGACUCAUAAAUGUCUGAUGUGAUAGAAUAAUCCAAAUGCAUGUGCUAUUUAUUCAUGUCAUAUAGUAUGAAUU